GUCCGCCCGUCCGGAGCCCGGCUCGCUGGGGCAGCAUGGCGGGGUCGCCACUGCUCGGCGGGCCGCGGGCCGGGGGCGUCGGCCUUCUGGUCCUGCUGCUGCUGGGCUUACUUCGGCCGCCCGCCGCUCUCUGCGCCCGGCCCGUAAAGGAGCCCCGCGGCCUGGGCGCAGCCUCGGCGCCCUUGGGUGAGGCCGGGGUCCCCAGGCGCUUCCGACGGGCGGCGGCUCGGGGCGAGGCGGCGGAGGCGGUGCAGGAGCUGGCCCGGGUGCUGGCGCACCUGCUGGAGGCCGAACGGCAGGAGCGGGCGCGGGCCGAGGCGCAGGAAGCCGAGGACCAGCAGGCGCGCGUCCUGGCGCAGCUGUUGCGCCUGUGGGGCGCCCCCCGCACCCCCGACCCGGCCGCGGGCCUGGAGGACGAUCCGGACGCGCCCGCCGCGCAGCUGGCCCGCGCCCUGCUCCGCGCGCGCCUGGACCCCGCCGCCCUGGCCGCGCAGCUGGCUCCCGCCCCCGUCCCUGCCGCGGCGCUCCGACCCCGGCCCCCGAUCUACGACGAUGGCCCCGCGGGCCCCGAGGCUGAGGACGACGGGGACGACACGUCUGAUGUGGACCCUGAACUGCUGAGGUACCUGCUGGGGCGGAUCCUCACGGGAAGCCCGGAUUCCGAUGGUGUGGCUGCCCAGCGCCGCCGCCUCCGCCGCGCCGCCGCCGACCAGGACCUGGGCCCCGAUGUGCCACCUGAUGGGGUGCUGGGGGCCCUGCUGCGCGUGAAGCGCCUGGAGACCCCCGCGCCCCAGGCGCGCCGCCUCUUGCCGCCCUGAGCACCGCCGGGGAUCCUGCUCGCCCUCGGGUCCAGGGCCACCCCUCACCCCGCCCCCGACACCCCAACUCCUCAAAGGCGUGACUGCUCCCCCCCGCCAGCGAGGGCCCUUGACCACCCCUCCCCCGACACCCGACUGCUGCCCGCUCCUCCCCCAACACCCUGAUGGCUCCUCAGCCGCUGGCUGGGCUGCUGCUCCGCCAGCGAGGACCCAUGGC